AUGAGCGAGUUAGACUCCCCCAUGUACGACAUGAACAGUAGCUGGAAUUAUACUGCUUUGGACAGCAUGGUCCUCACGGACAAGGACCUGGAGCUCCUACUUUACUCUGACAUGGACGUGGUCCUGGUGACUAUCAUCAUGCCCAUUGUGUUCACUGUAGGGAUGCUGGGAAAUUCUCUAAUAGUCUACGUGUUUGCCAGAGUGCGUGAAAUGCAGACGGUGACUAACUAUUUCUUGGUGAACCUGGCCGUGGCGGACAUGUUGUUUUUGCUCUCGGUGGUGCCUCCAAAAUUGAUUCAGUACUACUCGACACCGUUACCAAUGCUGGAAGAUUGGUCGUCGCUCGGUGACUGGGGUUGCACCAUUAUAAGCUUUCCGUCUGCCGUCGCCAUCACCGCCUCUAGCAUGACUAUCAUUCUCUUGGCUCUCGAGAAGUUUCUGGCUGUCCGGUGGCCGUUCAAAUUCAAAACUCUGAGAACGAAACCAAAAGCUAUAGUUGCCUGCACCGUGAUCUGGAUGAUUGCUGUUCUCUACUGCUUUCCAGAGGUGUAUAUCCUACGAAUUCGGACCUACCCUAUAAUCUGGCCCUCGGAUUGGAAUGGAACGUGGGUGCCCGAUACCCUGCGAUUGUGCAUGCACAGCUGCGGAAUAGGCCGGCAAUGUCAGCCGUAUAACGCUUACUACAUGUUCGAUCGUGUCGUCUUCAUUAUGGUCGUCCCGAUACUGGCGUUUCUCUAUUUUAUGACCCUGGCACACUUGAAGGACAGAGCUGGACAUGGAACAUCAAGUGCAUCGAUUCGUGCCAAGAAACAAGUAGUACGGAUGUUGAUUGCAACCACGAUGAUUUACCUGGUAUGCGUCACGCCGUUUCGUUUUCUGACUCUUCUACAAACGUUGAAUAACGUAUGGAUUCCACCUGAGCCGCUGUCAUUGUUAUUGUACACAUCGCGUAUUCUAAUGUACAUCAAUUCGUCGAUCAAUCCGGCCAUCUACAAUGUGCUCAACGAAAGAUAUAGAAGGGCUUUCAAAGAGGCGCUGUGUUUCUGCAAGAAUGAACGAGUCAUCACGAACAGCAGUAAAUACACCUCUCCUACCACCCGAACGUAA